AUGUCGGGGCACGCGGUGAAGCGGAGGAAACUCAGCCCCGAAUCGAACGAUCCUCAAGGAAAGCGCAAGGAUGAUGCAUCGAAGAACCAUUUAGCCCGCAAGGGCAAGCAAGAUCAGUCCGCAGAACUUGCUACGGCUACCGGUUUCUACAAAUCAAACUUCUUCAAGCUUCAGAUGGAUGAACUGCUGACUGGGCUGAGACCAAAUUAUGACAAACAAGUCUCGAAGUUCCAGGAUAUUCUGCACAAGCUGAAAGAUGUGAUUGAAAGCUUACCCGAGAGAUCUCCUCAAUUCGUCCCAGAAGCCGAAAAAGAGUUGCGAACGACCUCUGAAAUCGUGAUCCCUUGGCCUGAGCCACGGCCAGCUAAAGAUGUCAAGUACACCAUGUCAUAUGCAAAGCCUGCCAACAUCAAUGUGGUGGGAAGCUUUACCCUACGGAAUGGGGCAAAGACGACCGACGCUCGACCUGUCGAUUUGGCAGUGACCAUGCCGAACUCGAUUUUUCAGGAGAAAGACUAUGUGAACUAUCGCUUUUUCCACAAACGGGCGUACUAUAUAGCAUGCAUCGCAGCAGGAAUACAGGAGAUUUCCAAUGAGCUGGCCCUGGAUGUCAGGUUUGGAUUUCAAGAUGGGGACAGCUUACGCCCAAUCAUUCUCUUAGAGCCUCUUUCUACCUCGAAAGCAGGUAAAGGCUCGUCUCAGCCCAAAAUUCGCAUUCUUACUGCUAUUGAUCCACAAUUGUUUCCAAUCACGAAGACUCUUCCAGGCAAAUGUAAUAUCCGCCAAGGAUCCACUGCCGGACAGACUGACAGUGGCGAGUCUACACCUUUCUACAACGCCAGUCUCAGAUCAGAGGCUGCUGUCGCUCUCUUUCACAAACAUCUUCAUUCGACUGCGCAGAACAACGAGGCUUUUCUAGCUCUUUUCAGAACGGAGGGUUUGGAGGUUUCGAAUGGGCAGCUCUUGUUUUUUCUCUUGUUCGAAGGCGGUGGCCCGUCUGGCCAGCCGGUUCUUCUACGAUCUUAUAGCAGCUAUCAGAUCUUCAAGGCCACCAUGCAAUUCAUUGCAGGCCGUGACUUGUCAUCUCCGCUGAUUCUCUUCGCCAAUGACAUCUCGGCCCCAGAAGGAGGUCCUGUUUUAUACGAUGGGCGGAGAGGACUGAACAUUCUAUACAAGAUGACGCCUUGGACAUAUAAGGCUCUCCGACAUGAAGCAUCCAUCACUCUUAAAAUGUUGAAUGAGUCUCGUGAAGACAAUUUUGAUCGGGUUUUCAUUUUCAAGGUUGAUGAACCCGCUUUACGGUUUGACCGACUCAUACAUUUCCCUAGUGCAUUCAAUGGCGAUACCCUGCGGGCCCUUCGCUUGCAAAACACUCUACAUACCACUCUUCUGAAAGCUUUUGGGGAUAGAGUCAAACUCAUCUCGCUGAGUAGCCAAUGCGCUGGCUCUUGGCCUGUUCGCUCAAAGGCUUUGAACAAGAAAGCGAGCCAUGGACUAUCGGUUGGGUUUCUGCUUGAUGCCGACAACGUAGGCCGGGUGGUUGACCAUGGUCCACCCGCAGAGGAGAAGGAAGAAGCUGCUGCGUUCCGGGAAUUUUGGGGGGAGAAGUCCGAGCUUCGACGGUUCAAAGAUGGCAGCAUCUUGGAAAGUUUGGUGUGGUCAGAUCAGCAACCUGAGGACUCCAUUGUACUUCAAAUACUGGGUUACAUCUUGCAACGCCACUUCCAGUUGUCGGAAGAUGAUUUUGACUUCACUGGCGACGAGUAUGAUCAGAAGCUGCUUGAGGAGGGCGACGGGGUCUUAACCUACUCUAGCUCUCCUUUCCAAUCCAUCAACGAGGCGUUCAAGGAGUUAGAGCGAUCUAUUGGAAACAUGGAAGAAGUCCCCUUGACUAUCCGGCAUCUUGCGCCCGCAACUCCGCUACUCCGAUACACCGCAUUGCGUGUACAGGGUCAUGGUGGAGGCCAAGAGCCCGCUGAUGUCGCGCUUCAAUUUGAAAGCUCUUCGCGUUGGCCCGAUGAUUUUGCAGCUAUUCAAAUGACCAAAGCCGCAUUCUUACUGAAGAUCGGCGACUGCUUGAAGUCAUCCGGUGCUGCGUCCUCCUGUCAAGUUGGCCUUGAAAACGAAUCGAGCAAAAUACUCAACAAUGCUUAUCUCGAUAUUGUUCAUAACUCAGGAUUUCUCUUCCGCCUCAGAAUCCACCAUGACCGUGAACAGACUCUUCUUGAGCGUCGACUGAAGAACAAGACUAUCAGCCCCCGAGAACGAGAAGAGGUUGCGUUUGCUCUCUUCAAAUUCAAGCAGCUGUUUGUACAUGCACCACGCCUGACUCAAGCGAUGCGGAGUCUCUGUACUCGUUUCCCACUGCUCUCACCCACAAUUCGAUUGGUCAAGCAUUGGUUCAACUCGCACCUUUUCUCGACCCAAAUAUCUGAAGAACUAAUUGAGCUCCUGACUGUUCGUAUCUUCACUCAGCCUUCGCCGUGGGAUUGUCCUUCGAGUAUCAUGACUGGGUUCUUGCGGACUUUACAUCUUCUUUCUCGCUGGGAUUGGCAUCAAGAACCUUUCAUUGUCGAUGUGAGUGGCGAUCUGACCCCGGAGGUUACCGAAACCAUUCGCACUCGUUUCACUGCCUGGCGUAAUAUUGACCCAGCGAUGAACACUGUUGCAUUGUUUGUGGCAUCUGAUAUUGAUACCGACGGCGUUACGUGGACCCAGUAUGAAAUGCCCUCGAAGGUGGUAGCUGGUCGGAUGUCUGUCUUAGCGAAAGCGGCAAUCAACUUGCUAAAGGAGCAGAGCCAUGAUAUGGACCCAUCUGAUCUGUUCCAGACAUCGCUGGCUCCUUACGAUUUUGUUAUCCAUCUACAGCCCAAGUUCUUGGGAGCCCCUUCGGCUCCUCCGCCCAAGUUCAAGAACCUAGCAGGGAUGAGUGUGUCGAACAAGACUAGCAAAUUGGCUAUUGUCAAGUCAUUUGCACACGAUGUCCACGCUUGUUAUGGCCAGAACUUGCUCCUAUUCCACGGCGAUGACCAUUGUCCUGUAAUUGCUGGGGUUUGGAACCCACAGUCCUUGAAACCACGAAGUUGGAACCUGAAGACUGCGUAUUCGACAUAUUCGGCCGGUUCCGACGAGCAGCAGGACCGUGUGGUCAUCAAUAAGCCAGCAAUCUUGAACGAGAUUGCUCGGCUGGGCGAGGGUCUUAUUCAUACAAUUGAAACGAACAUAGCAGAUAAAGCAAAUGUUUGA